AUGGUGGACACCGGCAUCCUCCGCGCGGGUUUCAUCCUGGGCGUCUUCAUGCUCCUCGACCUCAGCAAGUACUGGAUCUCGCAGCUCUUCGGCACUCGGGCGGUGUGGGUGCUCCAGCAGGACGUGCGCGCGCUCCGGCACCACGUGAACAACUCGUCCGUCUCUCCGAGGUCCGCCGCGCACAGACACGCGCGCGAGCGGCUGCUCCGCGACAAGGAGCGGCAGCUCUUCGAGCUCACCACCCCGAGCACCAGGCGCGCGCUCUUCUACGGCCACUACCUCAGCGUCCUGAAGGGCAUCUGCGGGUUCGUAAUCUCGGUGACGUUCUGGGGCGAGCCCCUGUUCAGCGUGCAACGGACGAGCGUGUGGCCGCUCGGGCGGUGGCUCGCGGUGCCGCACGGGCACGAGUGGGAGGCUGGCUCCGUCGGAGUCGCGCCGUGGCUGGUGCUGAGCGCGGCGGCGUCCGUCGCCAUCUGCGACGGCGUCGUCGGUCCGGCGAUGCAUCUCGCUCUUCAACGAGCGGGACGGUUGGAUCUUGGGGCGCGAUCGCCGCGAACCAGCGAGGGCGAGGGCGUCGCGGGCGCGGUGGGCGUCGGUAAGAAGAAGACCCGGUGA